UUAAAAGCUGAUCAGAUGUUUCUCUCUGUAGGUGAAAUCCACAGCCAGGAUCUUAGGGAAGCAUAUAAGCCCAGUGCCGAGGUCAUAUCUGCAUUAUUGAUUCAUUUCACAUCAAAACGAUCAUCAUCUCCAUCAGCAGCCAUGUUCUCCCGUUCUCUCCUGCUGGUUCUGCUGGGUCUUUCCUGUCUUCAGUCCUUCACAGUGGCAGAGACUGCAAACGGGGCAUCAUUAUGCUGUUUCGAGUUUCACAAGAAACCAUUCCCUGCAGCGAACGUUGUCUCUUACGAAGAAACCAGAUCCGACUGUACGCUUCCCGGAGUCAUUUUAACCACAAAAAAGGGUUUUCGCUUAUGUGCGGAUCCUGAGGUGGACUGGGUGAAGCAGAUCACUGCUAAUAAAAACUUGGGCAAGACUCCGGCGACAAAUUAAAACAUCUCUCCAUGUAUUAGCUUUACUUUGCAGAAUGCUUCAUUUCACCUAAAUAUGACUUAAAGCAAUAUGAUGUCAUAAGUAACAGGACAAAACUUUUAGUUAAACAUACGCCUGUAGCUGCACGCAGCCAUUUAUUUUAUCUUCUGCACAAAUAAAGGAGACAUUUAUUACACA